AUGUCGACUGGUACCCACCUUCCACGCGACACUUCUCAAGGCGCAGGCCGCGACAGUGGAAGAGGCAUCGCUGUGACGGCGCCUGUGGAGGCGCUGGAUAUCGAACAGGUUACAAUAAGCUCAACCUCCCACCGUCGGCAUGCCUCGUCGUCGUCGCCGCCCGAGGCUGAGCCCGAGGCUGGCUUUUUGAAAUCCGAACCAUCGCCGAUCAAUUUCAAUGCCAACAUUGAAGCCAAGUAUGUCAAUACACGCCCCACCCUCCUUCCACCCAACGUGCCCUCCAAGAACCCUCCCGCUGACCUGCACGCGCCAUCUAGAAUCAAGAACCCCCUCGUCGGUAUCCCCCGCCAGACUCUCCUUCGCGACGUCGACGAAUUCUGCCGCGCCAAGGGCCUCAAGGAGCACCGCGCCCUCUUCCGCAAGGGCGCUCUCAUCGCGCAAGACCCGACCGGCUACGAAGACAUCACCGGCGACGAGGCGCCGACACCGGCCGAGGUGGACGCGCUGCGAAACGAGGUGCUGCACAAGUGGCGCGUGCCGCGCAUGCUACUUCUCACCAUCGCCACAUGCUCCAUCGGCGCGGCCGUCCAGGGUUGGGACCAGACGGGCUCCAACGGCGCCAACCUACAGCUGCCCCGUGCCCUCGGCAUCGGUAGCGACUCAACCGCCGACCAGCUGCGUGUCGGCCUCGUCAACGCCGGGCCCUACAUCGGCACAGCUCUGGUCGGCUGCUGGCUGUCGGACCCGGUGAACUACUUCCUCGGCCGCCGGGGGUGCAUCUUCCUCGCCGCCAACUUCUGCCUCUGGCCCGUUCUCGCAAGCGCCUUUUGCCGCACCUGGCAGCAGCUCGUUGUCUGCCGCCUGCUGAUGGGCGUCGGAAUGGGCGCCAAAGCCUCCACCGUGCCCAUCUACGCGGCCGAGAUCGCGCCCGCGCCCAUCCGCGGUGCGCUCCUCGUCAGCUGGCAGCUCUGGACUGCCUUUGGAAUCUUCAUCGGCACCUGCGCCAACCUCGUCGGCGACCGUGUCGGCCGCGACGCCUGGCGCUAUCAGCUCGGUGCGGCGUUCAUCCCUGCCGUGCCCCUCGCCGUUCUCAUCUACAUGUGCCCGGAGUCGCCCCGUUGGUAUAUGAAAAAGAACCGCUACCCGGAUGCGUUCCGUUCAAUGCUCCUCCUCCGCAAAGACCCCGUCCAGGCAGCCCGUGACCUCUACUACAUUCACGCCCAGCUCCAGGCCGAGCACCUGUUCAUCGGCAGCACCCACUAUGUGAAGCGCUUCAUCGAGCUCUUUACGAUUCCCCGCGUGCGCCGCGCUACCCUGGCCGCGUCUACGACUAUGCUGGCUCAGCAGAUGUGCGGCAUCAACAUCAUUGCCUUUUACUCGUCAUCCGUCUUCGAGCACGCCGGCGCCUCCAGCUUCCAGGCCCUGCUCGCAACCUGGGGGUUUGGCCUCAUCAACUUCUUGUUCGCGUUUCCCAGCAUAUGGACCAUAGACACUUUUGGCCGGCGCUCACUGCUGCUCUUCACCUUUCCGCAGAUGUCGUGGACGCUACUCACCGCAGGCCUGUGCACGCUCAUCUCCGGUAACCGCGGUGCGCACCUGGGCGUCGUCGCCCUCUUUGUCUACCUCUUCGCCGCCUUUUACUCCCCGGGAUGCGGCCCCGUGCCAUACGCGUACUCAUCCGAGAUUUUCUCGCGCGGCCAUCGAGAAAUGGGCAUGGCGUUUGCCGUGGCGACGUGCCUGUUCUGGGCGGCGGUGCUGUCCAUUACGCUGCCGCUCAUGCUGCGGUCGCUCGGGGUCAUGGGCGUGUUCGGCUUCUACUCGGGGCUCAACGUGGUGGCGCUCAUCAUGAUCUUCCUCUGGGUGCCCGAGACGAAGCAGCGGACGCUCGAGGAGAUUGACUACAUCUUCGCGGUGCCGACGCGCGUCUUCAUGCGCUACCAGGUGACGCGGACGCUGCCCUGGUGGUUCCGGCGGUACCUGAUGCGUGACAAGAGCGCGAUCCUGGAGCCGCUGUUCCAGCUGGAACUCGAGGACCACCAUGCCGCCGACGGUGCGUUUGACAAUGACAAGGCAAGGGUGGAGUUGAAGGAGAUGGUGGGCUUUACGAAGGGCAUUGAUCCCCGGAACGGAGAAGUGUCUUCAGAGACGUCGGACAUUGUUCAUUGA